UGAGCGCGUGCGGCGGGUAACGGCCGUGCUGGGCGCGUGCGCGGAGUAACGGUCGCUCUCGCGCCUCUUCCCGCCUCAGUGCUGAGGGGAGCGGGGCGGCGUCGGCACAGUGCUGCGCUGUGCGGGGCCCCACAGCCGCCGUGCGGGCGUCGAUGCUGUUACAUCAGCCCCUGUGGACCUUCUUCGUCUCUGGUGGGCCGCAGGGUGUAUUGAGGCAGCACUGAAAACCAUCUAAAGCUGCUGGAGCGAACUGCUGUGUCCCAUUGCCUGAGGCCUGGCCUGCAGGGGCAGAGGUGUGCUCAUCUCCCAGUGUGCUGCUUGUGCAUGGAGUAUGCCUGAGGAUCUAGAAGUGGAAACGGCGGAGGGAAGCAUGUGUGAGGUAAGACAGCCAAGGACAGAUUCUUAUUUGGAAGUCCUUAAGUGAAGCCCAGGUUUAACAAGAAGUUGACAGGAAGGAGGGAAGUGUCGCUGAAGUAGCCAGCUUCAUGGUUUUCAUUGUAUGGGCCUGAAUGGGCUUAGCUCUUUGUUAAGGGCAGAUGUUGUCUUCAGAGCCCUUUAUUCCUGUGUUGUGGGAAAGCCAGGAGACAAGUCAUCUCAUGAACGCUUUGAACUGGUCAAAGGAUUAUGGUACGAGAUAAGAUACAGCUCAGAGACCAUGCCAUAGCUUUUGCCAGCUGUCAUAAGAUGUUACCCUUUGUUUUGUAGCCUUUGAAUGGACUUCCUCCAAAACUUGGCGUCCUGUGUUCUCCCUCCUAGCAAAUGAGCACUGGUGUCAGGCCUUGAAGCUAGGAGGUGACAGGACAGAUGGCUCCCAGCGUUGUUUUCCUGGAGCCCGACAACCUGCUGACGCCAAAGGAGAGAAACAAACUCAGGAAGCCGGUGGUGGAGAAGAUGCGCCGUGACCGGAUUAACAGCAGCAUUGAGCAGCUGAAGGUGCUGCUGGAGAAGGAGUUCCAGAGACACCAACCCAACUCCAAGCUGGAGAAAGCUGACAUCCUGGAGAUGACUGUCAGCUACCUGAAGCAGCAGAGCCAGCUGCAAAUGAAGACUUCAGGAUCCUUCCAUAAAAGCUCUCAGUUUGACUUCAGAGAGGGUUAUUCUCGGUGUUUGCAAGAGGCUUUCCAUUUCCUCUCUCUUCAUAAAGUCCGAACUGAAACACAGACCAAGCUCCUCAGUCACUUCCAGAAGAGCCAAUCCACUGCUCCAGAGGUUUCCUUUUCCCCCAGCAAGCCCAGCACCCUGAAGCAAGCAUCACCAAAAGAGGCCGGUACUCUCUGGAGGCCCUGGUAGUCAGGGAAGCUCUCACUUACUGAACCUUUGCCUCUUAGAGUCCAGAGGAAGAAACUGACUGCAUCCGAUAGUCCAGCUCUGAUCCUCUCUUCUGUAGGGUGCAUUAUUUCCCCAUAUACUUUAUUUAUGUGUGAAAAGAAUGGCGUGCUUUUGACUUUUAUGGGAUCCUUUGGCAAAAGCUCAGGCAUUCUGUUGAAUUGAAGCUGUGUAGGUACUGGUGGUACAGAGCACAGUGUGUUGCCCACUUUGUGGGCACAUGUCUCCAAAUGAAGGAGGAUAUUUUUGUAGAAGUUACUUUUGUGAUGGGCAAGAAUUGCAGUAAGAGAAUUUCCCUAAUAUUGCAUGUAAGAGCCAUUGGCUUUGCUCUGGUAUGACUGGUAACUCCUGUUUGCUCAGUCAUUCUGGAGAAUAAAUGUGCAACUUCAGUUCAUGCACACUUAAUUAAAUUCCAAUUCCUCCCAUUUGCUCAUAACUUGUACUGUGUGAAAGGUGGUUUUUGCUUUGUCCUGGACUUUUCUUUGAUAGUCCUAGCACAUACAGUGUGAUGGAUGAACUGAAGCUAGGAAACUUUGUGGAAUAUUUCUACUAUUUUGCUGCUUUUUUCGAUUUAGAAAAAUAAUGUGUUACUGCUUUAUGUUAAAGAAAAGAGUAGAUAAAAGGCUCAAUUUGUCAAUGUUAUAUAUUUGGGUGUAAGUUAUGCUUUUUCUAGCAUCUUCAUUAUAAUAAUGAUUGUUUGUCUGUAUUAAGUGCUGUAAUUCAUGGUGGAUAGUGUUUCUCCCAUUCCUGGGACAGCCCUACGGCUUACAUGCAUACUGUGUAUGCGUCUCUGUGUUUGU